GUGGUGGUUGAGAAGGUUAUGGAAGUUUUGCUUAGCUGUUACAGCUCCACUCAAGUAUCUCCAUACUAGAAGUCUGAAGGAAAUUUAAGUGAUUCUGCUUGUGCAUUACCUCUACAAAGAUACGUGAUACUUGAAGCUCUGAUAAUGGUGUUAAAUCAAGCCAUUAACGCAAUUGUUACACAUGAGAAUAGACCAGGCAAAUGCCUCGUAACUUUAUUUACCAAAGUGCCCCUGUAUGUAAUCCUUUCGAGUUACCUUGCGUCCUUACCUAUUGAAAUCUGACUCCGGAAGUCCGAGCCACUACACAAGGCACAAGCAUUAACUUGCUAAUGAAAGCCUGCCUCUAGAGUGGAGUCUGAACAAGCACACAAGGAUCGAAAUCGAAUCCCUGAACCAACCCAUCAGAUGAUCCAUUCAAGUUCGAUCGCCAGCUGAAAUGGACGACCUUUUUCAUUGAUACCUGGACGGCUAGUUUUUCAUGGCUCAACGACCGAACCCAGAAUGUUCCCGCCUAAGCCACGACUCUUCAAGUUCAAAAAUUCGCUUUACUCUUUCUCCCCAUUUCACUCCCACACAAUUCCGCCCCCAAAGAAUCCGGCAAAGCUGCCACCCUUCUCACUUCUUGCUGAUAGAUGCGCUUCCAUGAACCAACUCAAACAAAUCCACGCCCUAAUGAUCGUCUCUGCUCGCAUUCACGACAACUACGCUGCAAGUCGUAUAUUCUCCUUCUGUGCUCUUUCGCCUUCAGGAGAUCUCGCUUACGCUCUGAAACUAUUCAGUCGCAUAUCAGAACCAAAUUCCUUUAUGUGGAACACCCUCAUUAGAGCCCAAGCUGACAGUCCAAACCCCGCGCAAGCCAUAUUUCUCUACAUGAAAAUGAGAAAGCUGGGGAUCGUACCGGGUAAGCACACCUUCCCUUUCGUCCUUAAGGCUUGUGCUAACUGUUACUCACUUUCAUCGUGUAAACAAAUCCAUACCCAUGUUCUAAAAUUUGGGUUGGACAUAGAUUUGUAUGUGGUUAAUGGCUUGAUCCGUGGUUAUUCUGUUUCCGGCAACGUCAGCGAUGCCCGGCAAUUGUUCGAAGAAGCAUCUGAAAGAAAUUUGAUAAUUUGGACCACUAUGGUUAGUGGAUAUGCACAAAAUUUUUGCUCAAAUGAGGCACUGGUGCUGUUCGAUCAGAUGGUCUCAGAAGGAAUUGAACCUAACGAUGCGACUCUAGCUUCCGUGUUGUCCGCCUGUGCUCGAUCGGGUUGUUUGGAAUUGGGGGAGCGAAUUCAUCUCUUUAUAAAAGAAAAGGGAAUUGAAGUAGGAGUUAUUCUUGGCACGGCGUUAGUACACAUGUAUGCCAAGAAUGGUGCAAUCCUGAUGGCUCAAAAAUUGUUUGACGAGAUGCCUGAGAAAAAUACAGCGACUUGGAAUGCCAUGAUAUGUGGGCUAGCUGUUCAUGGGCAUGCCGAGGAGGCACUUGACCUCUUUUUUCAGUUGGAUAAGCGAGAGGUUGCUCCGAAUGAUAUCACUUUUGUAGGAGUCUUAUCUGCUUGUUGUCAUGCUGGUUUACUUGAGGUUGGUCGUAACAUCUUUAAUUCCAUGAAGAGGAAAUAUGGGAUUGAACCAAAGAUUGAGCAUUACGGAUGCAUGGUUGAUCUUCUUGGGCGAAGUGGCAGACUAGCAGAGGCUGAGAAUUUGAUAAAAGGGAUGGCUUGGAAAGCUGAUGUGGUGGUUCUGGGGGCCUUGUUAGGCGCAUGUAAGAAUCGUGGGAAUGUUGAGAUUGCUGAGAGAGUGGUGAAGGAGAUUCUUGUUCUGGAACCAAACAAUCAUGGGGUUUACGUUGUUCUGUCUAAUAUGUAUGCUGAGGCUGGCAGGUGGGAGGAUGUUCUGAGGCUGAGGAAGGUGAUGAAAGAUGGGGGUUUGAAGAAGAUACCUGGGUGGAGUCUUGUGGAUGGUGAUGACUAACUGCCUAAUAUAUUUCAUAUCUGCUAAUAUUUCCAUUUAUAAGAAACAAGAAGGUUAAUGUACAAAAUUCAUUCAUCCGGGAAAUGUAAGAUGACUGGCAAUCUGGGUAAUGCAAGAAUAAGAAGUUACCAAUUUAUUAUU